UAAUCAACACAUCGCCGUUAAUUAAAAAAAAUCAAUCUGCAAUUUAUUAUUUUCGCCAAUUAAAUUAGGUUUUCAACUGUAAAGAUUUCGCCCACACAAUGUAGCGUUCCAUACAAGAGCCACCGCGCGGAUAUGGGCGAGGCGAAUCUUAGCUGCUUGCUUGCAGGUUCCAGCCCUAGCGUAGCGCCGUGUCGCCGCCUUGCACAGGUAUGAUGAGGUAUCCGCUGUGUGCCGAGCGAGGACAGUAGUACCACUGCCGUGAAGCUGCAGCAGGGAUGUAAAGUUGUAGCGCAAACAUGGCAAAUGGCCAUAUAAUUGGUAGGAAUCAUGCUGUUGCGGCGAUUUAACGUUAGAGCUAAUUUAGGAUUUCCUUGACAUUCCGUGAGUGUAAAACUUGUACUUUUUGUAGUAUUAUCAGAUUAUCCACCACCAGGACAAUCGACACACAGACAUAGUCAUAGAUCUAGGAAUCCGAAUUGCGACUUGCGUAUUUCAUCACUCAAUUCCUUCAUAUUUCGCAAUACCGUGGAAAGAUAAACAUCUCCUUCAUGACACCGGUGUGGCAUGUGGUUUUUGGUAUUGGCUGAUUUGGAAGUCAGUUCUGAAGCGGAUCCAGAGGGAGAGUAGAAUUUCAUGAAUUUGGACUGGAGGCUUACUACUGGAGGCAUUUUUGGAAUUCAUACUAUUACAUGUAUGUACCAGUAAUAAAUUGAUCUACAGCACAGAAAACUGCUGGGCUUAGCCCAAUUCCAGUCCCCAAAACAAGUAUUUGCAAUUGGAUGAUUCGGAAUUAAUGGACAGACAGCCAGUGGUGUCAAUCAACAAAAAAUGGAGAAUCACAAUAGUAACAAUUCUAAGGAUAUUUGUGUAAGAACAGAGGAAUCUGUUCCAUCAAUUUCCCAUACAUGUUUGGUAGAGAAUCCUGAGAGGACGUUCCUGGAAAAUGAAGAACCUUUGAUUUUGAAAGAUGAUGUUGAAAAUGGGGAAAAGGAAUCAAACUCGAGUGGUGAUAAUGUUAACCAAAAGGAGAAGCCCAAACGCUACACACGUCAUCAGAAGCUCACGUUUGCUGGCUUUGCAUUUGUGCUCACAACAGAUCUGAUGCUGUACUCUGUACUAGCUCCAUUUUAUCCAGUUGAGGCGCAAAAGAAAGGAGUCUCAACUACUGUGAGUGGCCUUGUGUUUGGUGUUUAUGCACUGAUCAGCUUUAUUGCAUCACCUAUAAUUGGGAAAUAUAUUACUGUACUAGGGCCAAGAUUUCUAUUUUUUAGUGGAACUUUUCUUGGAGCUGGAUGCAAUCUCCUAUUUGGUGUCUUAGAUGGGAUAGAGGAUACCAAUACUUUCAUUGUGUACUGUUUUCUACUGAGGAGUGUAGAAUCCCUUGGAGCAUCAGCUUCUGUUACUGCUGGCAUGACAAUAACAGCUACAGUGUUUCCUGACAAUGUUGCCCAGAUGACUGGAUUUCUGGAGACAUUUUCAGGACUAGGUCUAAUGAUUGGGCCAGCAUUAGGAGGGGUUCUUUAUAAGAUUGGAGGUUACAAACUUCCAUUUCUUGUUCUUGGUGCUUUGGAUCUUCUUGUACUUUUUAUGACUGUCUUUAUCAUUCCAGAUAUUAAGCCAAGUGAAGUGAAACCUAAGCCUGGAUCCCUGUUAAAUUUCAUGAUGAUUCCUGUGAUAUGGCCCAUGGCUUUCGCUCUCGUAAUCAGCGCAUGUGCAAUGACCUUUCUUGAUCCAACUCUAUCUUUACAUCUGGAAACGUUUGGUGUGAGCACACCUGUAGCUGGUGUAUUAUUCCUGCUUAUCGGAGGUCUCUAUGCAUUGACCAUGCCUCUGUGGGGCUACCUGUCCGAUAAAUAUGGAAGAACACGUAUAAUGGCAAUCAUUGGUUUUGGUAUGAUGGGUGCUUCCUUCUUAUUGGUUGGUCCUUCUCCAUUGCUGCACCUACCGAACUAUCUAUGGAUUGUAAUAGUAUCCCUGAGUAUAUGUGGUAUCUCCAUAGGCUGUGCCUGUAUGCCAAUCUUCCUUGAUAUGAUGGUAUCUGCAAGAUGGUAUGGCUUUCCAGAUGAUAUGGCUACCAAUGGUCUAGUGUCUGGAUUUUUCAGUGGCUGUUUUUCAUUAGGGAGUUUCUUGGGACCUGUAGUAGGAGGCAUACUGAAGGAUAAAGUUGGUUUUAACUGGGCAUCUACCUACGUUGCUGCAUCUUGCUUUGCGGUCGUUCUCGUCUUUAGUGCAUUCUGUUUAUGGGAGUACCAAUGCGGAAAAGGACGAAGGAAACCAUGGCGGUAUUUUGGAGAGCCAGAGAGAGACGAGAAUGAGAACCAGUCAGACACAGAGUCGUUACAAGGCAACCAUGUCGCCACAGUCUGCCGUGAGAAUGUCUCUGUCAAUGCCGACACCCAUACCAUCCCAACAAACAGCUACAUAGAUGACUGUGUGGUUGGCUUGGAGAGUUGUAGAGAGAAUGGUCCCUGGAUUGAUAGGUUCUCUGAUAAAGAACCUCUUAUCAUCAAUGCAUAGAGACAUCCAAGGUCUAUUGAAAGCAACCUUAAAGCAGGCCUAGACUUUUUUUCGCAAAUGACAGAUUCAAAAGAAUAAUGAUCUACUUGAAUGAGACUUCCUUCUAGAAGAGUCUUGAUUCAUGAUACUUGUCAUCAGUGAAAUAAUGCAAACUGCCAUUUCCAUGAUUUUUUUUAUCAUUUGGUAUGCCAAAUCUGUGUAUUUAGAAGGUGUGUUAUAAUCUGCAAUGAGUGUAGACAAUCAGUGGCUAAGCAGCUGAAUAAGAGGGUUAAUAUUUUCCAAAAUUAGUUGAUUCCUGCCAUCUUAAACGUUUUUUUUACAAGUCUUGCCAUUCAUAAAUGGAAAGACCAGAAUGAUACUAUAUCACUGUGCUGCCAAAUUUUUAUUCUGUGCAUACGCAAAAUAUAAUUGAACCAUUUCCUUAUUUUAAUACCAAAGGUUGAAUCAAUCUUGUUAUCAAUGACUUCAAAGCAGGGUUCUCCAAAGAUCUACGAUUGGCAUCAAUCAUAAGAUUGUAUGUUUUUGUCAUGGUUACAUGGCACCUUUAUUUGAUCUAAUUUUGAUAAAGGGCAAUUCUAAAUUGUCAACCUUUUGUAUAUACAUUUGACCCACAUUUUCUCAAAUUUUACUUUCCAUCAUGAACUGUUCAAGCUAUGAUAAAGGGAAAUAAAAAUGAAAAAAAAAAGAACAUGGUAUAAAAAUCAUUUAAAGGAAGUUGAAUAU